AUUUAAUUCUUGAUAUUUCAAACCGAAAUGCAACGCUUCAAUCUUUAUCCUCCGUCCAACGCCACCGAAGUCUCCAUCUGUGAGGAUGAUCAACUCGGCGUAGGACUAACGAUCAGUGGCCUUAUUUUCAUGUAUAUCAUCAUCACUCUCUCCAUACUAGGGAAUAUCUUGGUUUGUUCAGUGAUCUUCAAGUACACAAGUCUACAAACCGUUUCMUAUUACCUGGUGUGCAGCCUUGCUGUAUCGGACAUGAUGGUGUCAGUGACGGUCGUACCGUUUGAUAUCGUGUACUGGAUCUAUUUUCCUGUCUGGCCUCUUGGUGGACUCAUCUGUAAUCUCUGGAACUCAGUAUUUUUUCUGUUUCUGAUGGCCUCAGUUUUCAACCUCUUGGCCAUUAGCACAGACCGGUUCAUUGCUAUCGUAUACCCGCUUCGAUACAAGGAACUCAUGAGCUUUAACGUCGUGAAAGUCAUCAUUGCAUUUAUUUGGACCUAUUCCAUCAUAACUGGGAUUAUUUUGUUCCUUGUUUUGAUUCCUCCAGAGAAAAAGGUUUACUCCUUCGAACUUCCUCCAGCUUUUCACGCAUUCUUAUUGGUCGUUAACGUUCUUAUCCCAUUCUUGAUAAUGAUUGGUUUCUACUUCAAGAUUUACGUCAUCGCCCGCAGGCACGCAAAGCGUGUCGGGAUUAUUUCUAAUAUUCCAACAGACAUACGAAAUGUGGGCGAUUUGAUUGGACGAGAGCUCAGGGUCGCAAAGGCUUUAGGGAUUGUUGUCAUCACCUUUGUGCUUUGCUGGCUACCAUUUGAAAUCAUAAACAUAGCCAUCCUAAUAGACGAAGGAAUAGAAAAUUGUGCUAUGGAGAUAGCAGAUACACUUUCUUGUUGGCUUGCGUAUCUACAAACUGCUGUCAAUCCGAUCAUCUAUGCAUUUUCGAAUACAAAAUUUAGAAAAGCGUUCAAAAAGAUUUUGUUUAAGGGGAGCAAUGAUUCUUUUAGUGAAUAUCGUCUAACCACCGUUCACCGACAACAGGGAGCUUCCACCAUACGAAUUUCAACCGUACGAAACACUAGCGACGAGGGGCAACCCUAACAGACCUAUCAAAACUAACUGGAUUUGAAAAACAUCAAAAUUCGGAGACAUUUUUCAUGGGCUGUUCAUCUCAGCCCAAUUGCCGGCCACAUACGCGUCCCACAUGGAAAAGAAGUAACUAAGCGUACUUAGCUAUCGGCAGUACAAACAAAAGGACACUGUUUGCUGGUCAUAGAAAGAGGUUAAUCGUAUACGUUCUAUGAGCCGACUAACCUCUCCCUUUAAUUACGCCGUUCAGCCGAGCUUCUUGAUCAAUCUGUAAUUCCUCCUGGGAUAGCUAUGUUAAUAGUUAUUCAUUGAAUAUUGGAAUUGAACUCUGAAUAAAUAGUACAGCCAUGGUCAUAGGAUUGCAAGUACUGAUCUAUAUUGAAGGAAGGAGAAAAUCCAAAGAACUAGCAGAAAAAUCCUCAUGUAAGGGAGAGAACAACAAUUCAAACAAACUUGAUUAACUCACACAUGGGCUCAGCUGGGAAUCCAAGUUCCUGUGACCCCAGACAUUAACUACAUGACAAUGACAGACAGAACUAUAGCAU